AGUUGUUUUCCUUUUACUGUAAAAAAAUCCAAGUGUUGUUGUUUGAUCAGCUGUUUUACAAUAGUUGUUGUUCUUUCUGCUUUACAAGAGGUGAUGUUCUUUCAUUGAUUACGUCUGUGAAAUGCUGCCUACAAGACCACAGGAAUGAAUUAUGAAUGUCGUCACUUAUGAUAAGGCUGCAUUAAAAGACAAAUAAAUCAGGGGGUCCUGGGGAUGCACAGAACCUUAACAAUGAGUGUCACUGGCAAGAAAUAUUGAGUCAGGAACUCAAGUUUUCUGUGUCUGACAGGGACAUCUCUGCUGAUGAACUGUUCAACAUUUUUUAAGGAUGGCCUAAGAGUUGUUUUUCUUUCACUGUAAAAAAUACAAGAGUUGUUUUCCUUUCACUGUUGGCGGCUGUGAAAUGCUUUCUACGAGAAAGCUAGAAUGAUUUUCUUCACUUGUGACUGCAUACAUUUUCCAAUACAUAAAUACAUGAGUAAUAUAUACACUUAGUGUUAAGUUGAUGUUUUCUGCGGAACAGUGGACACUGUAUAAUCCGGACUGGUUAUGGAUCGUGAUUGUAGGGUUCAUCGUUGCGUUUGUGUUGGCGUUCGGAAUCGGUGCGAACGAUGUGGCAAACUCGUUCGGAUCCUCAGUUGGAGCCAAGGUUUUGACCUUGAAGCAAGCGUGUAUACUCGGGUCGAUUUUUGAAAUCCUUGGAGCAGUUUUGAUAGGUGCGAAGGUGUCGGACACUAUACGGAAGGGUAUCAUAUCCGUGGACCUGUUCCCUAAUGGCACAGAACCAGAGUUCAUGAUGGGCAACCUGGCAGCCCUUUCUGGUUCAUGUAUAUGGAUGUUGGUAGCCUCAUUCAUGAAGCUGCCAGUCUCGGCUACACACAGUAUUGUAGGAGCCACCCUUGGCUUCUCUCUGGUGUCUCACGGGGUGUCUGGGGUCAACUGGAAACAGCUCGGCAUGAUCGUCGGGUCAUGGUUUGCCUCCCCUCUUCUGUCAGGGGGCAUUUCAACAUUAUUAUUCUUCUUUCUCUUCAAAAUGGUCCUCUCAAAGGAGAAACCCCUGGAACCUGGCCUAAUGUUGCUACCUCUGUUUUACGGGCUCACCAUUGCCAUCAACUUCUUCUCAGUCUUCUACAAGGGAUCUCAGCUGUUACAUUUCGACAAGAUACCGCUGUAUGGGACAUUCAUCAUUACAUUCGGCGCGGCCGCCAUAGUUGCUAUGGUUGUGAGAUUCAUCAUCGUCCCAUGGCAGAGGCAGAAAAUUACCAAUCAUGUUCAGUUUCUUGUGAGGCAGAAAGAAGAGGAAGGGCUGAUUGAAAGCGAUAAAAACUACCAGGACACACUGACAGCACAGUCCAAGGAGGCUCAGUACUUGUCACAGCUGAAAGGAAAAGAAAAUAUUGACCCCAUCAGUUUGGAGCCAAAGUUUAGCAGCACACCUGCAAAAACCAAGCUACCCCUGGGAAUACAUGAUUCGAACGUUGAUGAUGGGGUCGCUAGCGUUGCUCAGAGCAAGUCGAACAUCAGUAUGAAUAGCAAAUCAAUCAGUAUGAACAGCAAGUCGUUAUUGAUUAAGCCAGAGGUGCAUGAGAAAGGUGCCAGCAAUUUUCCUGUGGUGGAGAAUGGGGUGACAAACCCUGUAGUUAAUGUGUCCGGCAGCUCGGUCAGCAUAGAAACAGACGAGAGUUUCGACAUCAGCGAAGAUGAAAAGCGAGAGUUGGCCCGUAACAAGAUCAAGGAGACCCCUGAAACGGUGUCCUUGUUUUCAUUUCUCCAAGUUCUGACGGCCGUGUUUGGAUCGUUUGCUCAUGGUGGGAAUGACGUCAGCAAUGCCAUUGGACCACUGGUAGCCCUGUGGAUCACAGCGACAACUGGCAGUGCCGCCCAGAAAGCCCCAGUGCCCAUAUGGAUCUUGUUAUUGGGCGGCUUGGGUAUUUCACUGGGCCUUUGGAUUCUCGGGCGAAGAGUGAUGAAAACCUUGGGCGAAGAUCUAACUAAGAUUACUCCAUCUAGUGGGUUCUGUAUUGAGGUUGGCUCUGCAUUGACUGUCCUUCUGGCCUCCAACAUCGGCAUCCCCGUCUCAACAACGCACUGCAAAGUUGGCAGUAUCGUCUUCGUAGGCUGGUUCCGGUCUCGGGACGGCGUCGACUGGAAGUUGUUUAGGAACAUCAUUAUCGCUUGGUUUGUGACCCUGCCUAUAGCGGGUGGAUUGAGUGCUGCGUUCAUGGCUGGUUUACGUGAACUGGUCUGAAUCUGGGUUGGAGUCUUCUAGAAUCUAAAUACAGAAAGAUGUGCAGAUCAUUUCUCUACCUCUUUUGAAGUGAUCACGACAUUCAGUUGUUGAAUUGUUCAAACGAUUUGUGAUAUGUUCAUUUGCCCAUAACCAGGAAUCAUGGGGUGUGUUUCAUUUUAAUUGUUGAGCGGGGUUCGUAUAUGAUCACCAUUUCCUCCUGGGCUGCGUUUCAUUUCUUAGUUGAAGUUAUCUGAAAAAAUCGCGCAAUCUCCCAGGCUGCGGUGACUAUAGGACUAUAUAAGAGUUACGAACGACAUAUGGUGAAAUUUGUAUGACUUCAUAAUUAUAAGGUACGAACAUCAUUAACCUGAAGAUGGAAAAUGCUAAAUGUAAUCGUAAAAACUAAUCGGUGCUUGAAAGACUUAUAGUGAAGACGAGCUAACCUCAAUAAACAAAACCUGCCAAUUCAAGAGAAAAAAGUGGUAAAUCACCAUUGCCAUCAUGUCAUGUGUGAUAUCAUCCAGGGCUCGAAAACCAUCUUCAAUGAGCCAAUAGGCUCUUGUUGUUUCAGGGGUAAAAAACAACAGCCAUGGCUUUAAGAGUGAAAAGCUCUUUUAUCCAUUUGUAAGAACUUUAGAUGAGCCUAAGGUCUGUUGAUGUUUUAGAAAAAAAUAUCAACAGCCAUUGAUGGCUCAAUGACUUGCGAUAUUGAGUCAAAUUUCUGUUGAUAUUUUGGAAAAAUGGAAUCAACGAAAUCAAGAAAAUAACACAUUAUUUAUUUCAUUUGCUCAGAAACCAUUGUAAGAAAUCAUUUUUUGUGUGUGUAUGUGUGUUUUGUUCAAGUUAAGCUGUGUAAAUUCGUGGAAGUUUGCAUUGUAUUUCAUAGACAUUUGUUAUGUGUGUAUGAUUUUAUUGAUUUUUGCUUGAAUAUUGUUCUGUUAUUUUCUGAUGUUUUAUAUAAGUUGUUGAAUUGUUUUUUUAAAUAACUUAUUUAUCUUUAAAACUAUGAUUUUUGUUAAGAGAUUAAUAGCCAGAUCUACAAUUCCACAUGUUUUGAAGUAAAUUUGUAUGGUUUUUAGCCUAACAUAACUCAUACUGAACGAACCAAGUUAAACAUUAUCUCUACAUGUACAGAUGUUUGUUGUUGAUGAAGUUAGAUGUUUUAUCUAAGAGCAUUUACCCUUUCAUAGAAAAAUUACAAACUGGAUAAUGUAAAUUUUUAUCUUCAACAAGCCUGGCAACCUUUAAACUCGAUCGGGUCUGUAACAUUGUUGGAUACCACUUGGCUAGAUUUAAUACAGGAUCAUAGUCAUGAAUUCAAUAAUCUGUAUUUAUGACCAUCACAAAUGGCAACACAUUUUUUUCCUCUCAUGAAUUUGUGUCCAUCUUUAAUACUGGCUUAAAGCUGCACUCUCACAGAUUGGCCAUUUUGACAACUUUUUAAUUUUUUGUUUUGGAAUUAGACAAUUUUUGUGUUCAUGUCUCGAAACCAGUGAUAUAAGAUUGCUGACAAAAGAUCAGAUCACUCUUUUCACAUUUACGUUCGAAAAAUUUAUGUUAAAUUGUUAAAAGCGUUACUAACGCUUUAAGAAAAAUGAGUUUCAGGCAUUAAGAUAAUUUCAAUUUGAGACUCAAAUUGACUGUGAUUUUUAUUGAAACCGGCCCCAGAUACACUAUUACGCUCUCCUAUGUAUGAAGUGUAAACGGAAUAAAGUACCGUGGUAGUAGAUGAUGGCCUUACGUAUGAAAUUGCAGUUAUUUCAACGGCAUAAUUUAUAUGUUUUGUUUGUACAAUGAUUCAUAGUGAUGACUUUGGCAGCAUGGAAGUGAACAACUAGUCACCUCUUUAUAAUUUAUACAUUUUCAAUGACAGCGGCAUUCCUUAAUUAGUUGUUAUUCUGAUAAUGCCAGACCACUAAGUAUCUUGUGGUUACUGUAAAAAGCUGACAUAAGAACUAGGCUAGGUAGGUGGUGAAAACGUUUUAUUUUGGAACAUUAUUUUAUUGUGCACAAAGUAUGUAUUAAAGUGUAUUGUUUACUUACAAGCACAUUCUGUUGUGAUGCCAAGAAAGUAACACAAAAACAAGUGAACUGUGCCACCUUGUUCAAAUAAUAAUACUGCAUUGUUUUAAGGUAAACCAUCCAUCAUAAAUUAAAGUAAUUGCUACUGGUAAAGUUUCAUUUUAAGUAUGCAAAAUGUUAUGUUUGAAUAUUUUUAGAAGCAACAUUAUGGUGUGAGGGCUAUUUCAUUUAAACAUAUAAACCCCGGGAGGAAGGCACUUUUAAAUAAUGCCACCCCCAUACGGAGGGCAAUUUACCCUUUUGGAGUCCAAAUUAACCGGGGGAAAAAGACACCCACCUAUAUACUAUUCAAAUAAUUGUCUUCCCAUCAGGGGUUAUAUGUUUUACUGGAAUAGCCCUGAUUCAAAAAUGUUGUCCAUGCAAAAAUGAUUGAAUUGUUAAUGAAUAUAAAUUCAACAUAGAAACAAUCACAAUUUUAUUUCUAAAGUGCACUAGCACAUCUUUGUAUCCAAACAAUCAAUGGAUUACCUUAAAUAUAUUUAUAAAGAUAAUUACAUAAAUAUGGAUUGGACACAAAAAUAAGGUCAAUAACUAGAACAACAGCAUUGCUUUUAAGUGCUCCAACUAGGCCUAUCGAACUGUGUGUGGCACUAAGCUACCAUUUUGCAAUACAUUGUAAGUAUUUUAAAGAAUAAAUUAUGCGGAGAAUUUAUGGGUAGCUGCUUAGUAAUCUGUAUGUAAUAUAUAUACCAGUAUAUUGAUAUUUGUGUAUAUAUUUAUAUAUAAGUUUUAUGUGUAAAAAAUGAAAUUCAACCAGUAUUAAGUUAAGCUAUUUUUAGCAAGUUUGUUGUUUUUUUCCUCACUUUUUUGCAAAUGGUGCCUGGGCCUACAAAUUGUAAAAAUGGUGGCACGAAAAUAAAACAUAUCUUGGAUACAUCGAUGCUUGAAAUAUUGUUAAAAAUCGUUUUUAAGAAUGCUCACACUUUAAAUUUAAUGCUAAAAUACACCUAUAGAAAAUAUUUAACAACAGUCCAUUGACAAAAUGUCGAGUUAUAUUAUUUUAAGAAUUGGGCAUUUUGCAACCACUUCCUGAAAAAAAAUUCUUUUGGGGAAUUAUUAAUAUAUAUAUGCCCCAGAAUUCCGACCCUAUUUACGGUAGGGAAAUACAAUGCUUAGUUAUCAUAAUAGACAUAUCAAUCCCUCAGCAUGACAAUUCAGAAUUAUAAAAGCUUGUUGGAAAGUUUAUGUAUAUGUUAGCAGCUAUUUUUUGUAGGCGGUCAAUUAAGGGUCACAUUCCAUAAUAUGAUUUGUUCCCCCCAUGAAAACCUCAUGCUAUAAAUAUAUCUGCUUGUUUAUUAACAAAGAACAUUAUAAAUGAUGGUUGAGUGGUCGAGUUCUGUUCCUUUUUAAGAUUUUUUACUUUGAAUAUCAAUACCAAGUCUAAUUGUUAUACCAAUUAAUGGCUUAGUGGUCUAUACACCAUUUUGUAAACUAUUCACUAACAAGGCCAGCCACUGUUUAUAUAAAGUGCUUCACCUGAUUAAAAUCAAUGAUGACUGACUGAUGAUUUAAUGAAAUAAAUAUGCUGGAAAAAUACUGGCUUCCCAUUAGACAUAAUAUUCUGUUGACCACUAAAUAAGAUUUGGAACUCAGAAUAUGCAGUAAUAAAAUCUUGAUUCGUUUAUUGUAAUUAAGAAAAUUCUUUGUUCAUUAAUUAUGUGCUCUUAAUUUCUUAUUUUGCCUGGUGAAAUAAUGAAUUAAGCUUGCAGUAUAAUUGUUGUUCUUAUUAAGUUAUUUAUUACAAGGUUUACAAAAAUAUGUGGUUUAGUUGUAUAAUAUUAAUGUUGAGUCACUUACUGCAUUUUAUUUUACUUGGUUAAUGUAUGCGUUUUGUUGGUCCCUGUUGAUUCAAAGUGUAUUUAUGUUAAAAAAGUCUUUUUGAAUCCUAUUAUAAAUUAAUACAAAUUUUGGUACGGUAUAUAGAUGAUGUAUAAUAAAUGUAAUAAAUUCGAAAAAAAUCUACAAACAUUUUAUAUACAUGUGUUUACAUUCAAAUAUGAAAGUAUUGAGUAAUCCAUCUAUUUUUUUCAGGACACUUAUUUUUCAAUUAAUGACACAGUAUGUUAUGAAUUUGUAUAUCCUUGCUAACAUUAAAAUAUUGUUUUAAGCAUAUUUUUGUAAGCAAUUCGUUAAGUUAAGGAACAGUUCAGUGUUAAAGAUUUUUAAAUCAAGCAUUUCUGAAUAGAACACGUUUUCAGCAUUAAAAAGUGAGACAUACAGAAAAUAAUAAUGAUUAUUUCAUGGACUACCUUCAAAAAUGUGUCAUUCUUCUACAAGUAAUUAACUGCAAAGCCAGUGCCCGCAUUUUUAAAUCUUACUUACCCUACAAAAAACUCGUCUCCUGAUUACGUGUUAUUUGUUUUUAUCUGAAAUUACAAAAAACUGAUUCAUGUUCUGUUUAGUUUUUCAGAUAAUUUGUUUUCCUUUAUACCGGUAUGUGUCAAUUGCAGUCCUUUAUUAAGGCAAUAAUUGUGCUUUUAGUUUCUAUUCAUGGCUAUUUGUUUGUGCGAAAUCUUUAUUUUUGUAUAUAUACCAACCUGUCUUAUUUUUAUUUAUAACCUUAUUAAAGUUAAAAAAAAAAUUAAAAAAAAAAUUGAAAAAUAGUGAUAAAAAAAGAACAAAAUGUAUAAAAAAAAUGAACUACUUUGAAUGCAGUCUCAGUAUUUUGUGAUUAUACAACUUUUUGAAAAGAAUAAUAAUACAUUAUGUUGGCAUCAACACACAUCUUUUAUGUUUUCAAUAAUCGAUAAAGAUAAUUUUCUUUAUUUUCAAUAGAUUUUUUUUUUUAAAUUCAAUAAUUGGUUGAAGUUAAUUUUAUACCGGUAGUGAUUAAAUGUGAUUUUACUAUCUUAAUUGAAAAGAAUCACUUGCUUUAUUUUUUUGACUUAAGAAUUCUUCAUGUUAGUUCAUUGCAAAGUAGAAUCAAAAAGUAAAAAUAUGCUGUUUUCAUGUAGUUCCCACCAAAAAACAUUAAAAUCAAAAUCAAAGAAAAAAAAUAUAAAAAAGUAAAAAUAAAAAAAAAAAUAGUGUAGUGCAGGUUGUUUUAUCCAUUUCUCUGUAAGUAUGUUAUUUCAUUGAUUUGGAUGUAAACAUUUAAAGAAAUCUCAUAUCAUUUUUGUUUUGUCUAUGAAUGUAUUUUUUUCCAAUGCUCACAUUUUAGUUCUGAAAUAAACAGAACAAUUUAGUAUAUACAAAUAUGAACUUGGUUGAUUGAUUUUUAUAUGAUACAUAAUUGAUAAAUAUACUCAGGCUGAGUAAAUGAAAUGUUUCAGUUAAAUUGCUAACUUACAAAAUGUUCACAAAGCUGUUUUAUGUUAACCGUAUUUGUUCCAAUAGAUGUGCCCUGUGCAUUUCAUUUUUCAGACUGUGUAAUACUUAAAAAUAGCCCAGGGGAAGAUCAUUUGCAUUUUUUAAAUAAGGCAUAUGCGUCUUUAAUGACAAAUACGGUACGAUACAUGUUUACCUGUUAUUUUUUAUGAUCUAUUUACUUCGCCAAUUUUAAUUUCAUGUUUUGGUGUCUUCAUGAAGAAAAAGGUCUUCCAGAUUUCAAUGAAUUUUCGUUUACGUGUACCCAGGGUUGCAUUUACAUCGCUAAUUGCUAUAAUGGUGGUAUUUACCGGCUAUGCUUGCCAUGUCGAAACUAGCGGAAAUGGCUGUCAAUCUACAAAUGUAUUCAUAAAACAAGUCUGUGGCAUUACAACACCAAUAUUUAUGUCCACACUAAGUGUUCAAGCUUUUGUAGUGAAAAAAAUAUAGCUUAAAAUAUAUAUUUUAAAUUAUUUAUAUACAUUGCACUAUUUUGAAAGUAGUUUGAAAGCAAUCUAUACAACACUGAAUAUUUGCAGAAGAAAAGUUUCUUUAAAAAAACAAAUGAUUUAUUGAUGCUUGUAGUGACUUUCAAGAAGUCAUGUUUUCUUACUAAAAGGAAACAUUAGGCCGAUCGUUAACUCUGUUAAAGUUAACAAUGUGAUUUACGUUAUCGUUGUUAACUUUCAUAUCUUUGCUGUUCGGAAAGUUAAAUGGAUACAUUUUUGUCAAAUCUAGUUAAACAUUCUGCAGAUCACAAGUGUUUCAGUUAAACUUCCAGAACAGUAAAUAUUUGAAAGUUAACGACAAUGAGGUUAAUCAUAUUGUUAACUUCUGAAAGUUAACAAUUGGCCCAUUAAUUGUAUUUGAUAAUUAAUGCAAUCAUGAAUGGCCUUUUAUUGACUAUAGUAAGUUGGCCUAUACCACAGGGAGCAGAAACAAAUUAUUUUGUUAUAUGUAUAUAUACAUAUAGGCUAAAAUAAACAAAAAUAAUUUGUUUCUGCAGCCUGUGGGCCUAUACAAAGGUAUUUUCUUCAACAAUAAGAUCUAUAUAUGAAUGCAAUCAUUUCUUUCAAUAUGUUUAAAUGUAUGCCAUGUUUAAAUCUGUCUUGCUAAGUGAAAUAUCUAUGUAUUCCCAUGGACAGUGUUGUCAUUUUUAGAAUUUGUCAUCCUACAUUUCAAACUCACUUUUGAUUUAAAAUCUGCCAUUGUCCACACAUAAAAAUCUCGCUUACGAACUUGUUACACAUGGUACAAGUUCAACACCCUGGCCUUGUAUGAUUGUGUAGAUGUAUCAUCUUUAAUAAAUUAUCAUCGAUACUUAUUUAAAUAUUUCCUUGAUUUUCAUCAUUUGUGUGGAGUUUUUGAAUCUUUGUUUUCCUCAUGUUGCUGUUUAUUUUAGAUUAUUUUCAUUGGUGCGUAAAUAUGUGCUAUGUUGCCCAUAUAAUGUGUUAUUUUUAGUGAAUUGGGCACGCUGUCAGUUUGAUAGAGAGAGACUCUUUUUAAAGACAUCACAUGUUGGGGGCAUUGAAGCAAUAUCAUUUUCUUCGAACAUUUCCAUCACUGUAAUACGAAUUGAAUUAUUUCUUUCAUACUCAAAUGUAUAAAUUUUUUAUGGUUAUUGUAUUGAGUCUAAAUUACUAGCUUUAUAAACAACAACUUUACCAACACCAAAUUUACCAACAACACCAACUUGACCAACACCAACAACUUUACCAACAUCAACAACAACUUUACCCAAAACAACAACAACAAUUUUACCAACAACAGCAACUUUUAAUGCAUAACAUUAUGAAGGUAUCGAGUAUGGUUUUAUAUUGUAAUGUUAAACAACCUCAGAAGGUUCAUAAGAAACGCACUCGCACCAAUUAAUAUAAUUCAUAUUAUGUUUACAAAAUACCAAACUGACAGUGUGCUCAUUUACCAUCAUGUAUUCGUUCAUUUAUCAUGUCUAUGCGUAGUAUUAAGGGUUUUUCAAAGCAAGACAAAACGUGGUCCGUCCUCUGUCAACUCAUGAUUGGUGAUUGCUUGAUACUAUUUUUUUUUUUUGAAAAAGAUAAUAAAAUGAAAUACAUUUUACAUAAAUGUACUGUGAAAUAAAACAUAAAAAGGUGA